CGGUGCGGAAGUGUUGUCCUCCAGAGCAGCAGCAGCAGAGCCAGAGCUGCCACUGUUUGGGUAAACACUACGCUAGUUCAGUAGCAGGGUUUCUCGUCUCCGCGUCUCUCCUGCCGAGACUUGUCAGCACUCACCUUGGCCGUGCAGCAUAGCAGUAUUAUGCGAGCACCGUCCGGCGUGAGGGAGCACCGUGUGAAGUGAGUUUCCUUGAAUCAUCUAUAUGGGCCAUCUUCUCUCGAAAAAUGGUUACCGCCUGAAGAAAAGGACGCGCAAGUUGCAUCACAGGAAGAAGAAGAAGAGGAACUGUUUCCUGCAGCUGCCUUGCAUGCUCUGCUUCAUUGUCCACAGCAACAGCAGCGGCCUCGACGACGACAGCGACCACUUGGAGGCUGGUGCCAACGGCAGCGCGUGCCGCCGCAACAGCAUCACGGGAAUCGGUCUCCCCGGCGUGGGUGGAGUUGGCAUCGCAGCGGCCUCGAAGCUCGCCGAGCGGUACGCGACGCUCGCGUCCCCCGAGGACUGCUCCAAGUUCCUGUUGUCCCCGCGGGAGCUGGCUAUCUGGGAGGGCCAAGGGAGGAGCCUGUUAGCAGCCGUUCCUGCCAAACUGAUUCCGCCGCCGGUGCUGUUCCGAACCGCUGGGGUGUCUGUGACCGUGCCCAUACCUGUACCUGUACCUGUGCCUGGCUGCACCAGUGACUACACUGAGAUGGUGUGCAAGAGGAAGUGCUCAGAGGUGCAGAGGUGCACCCCCUGUAAGCAGCCGCGCUGCGCCUUCGCGGCCCCCGACGGAGGGCUGGACAACGGGGGAGUGGGAGGAGGCGGGGGAGAGGCCGCCUCGAACUCUGAAACCGGCCACUGCCACCUUCCCCUCUGUCCACUUCCCUCCUCCUCCUCCACUUCAUCUUCCUCCUCCUCCUCUGCCUCCUCCUCUUCCUCCUCCCCCGCUGACGGCUGCUGCGGGCCGGGCCUUCACGCCGACCUGCCCCACAGCUCGGACUCGUCCCCCUGCUGCCUGCAUCCGUACGACGACUGCCAGGCGAGAAGUUCUGACGCCGCCGAUCACUCGAGUAUCAACCACCUGCCUUCCUCCAUCCUUCUUAAGGUGCUCUCCCACCUGACAGUGAAGGAGCGCUGUCUGUGUGCCUCUCUGGUGUGUAAGUACUGGAGGGACCUCUGCUUGGACUUCCAGUUCUGGAAGCAAAUCGACCUCAGUGGCCUACAACAAGUAAACGAUGAUCUCCUGGUGAAAAUAGCCUCUCGGAGGCAGAACGUGACAGAGAUUAACAUCUCGGACUGCAGAGGUGUCCAUGACCACGGUGUGUCCUCGCUGGCCUCGCACUGUCCAGGCCUGCAGAAGUAUACAGCGUAUCGCUGCAAGCAGCUGGGGGACACGUCCCUGUCGGCCUUGGCUACACACUGCCAUCUGCUGGUAAAGGUGCAUGUGGGCAACCAGGACAAACUGACAGAUGAAGCACUAAAAAAGCUGGGAGAGCACUGCAGUGAGCUGAAGGACAUCCACUUGGGUCAGUGCUACAGUAUCACAGAUGAAGGCAUGGUGGCUUUGGCUAGAGGAUGCCCUAAACUGCAGAGACUCUACUUGCAAGAGAACAAGCUGGUCACCGAUCGGUCCGUGCGAGCCGUCGCAGAGCAUUGCCCUGAGCUGCAGUUCGUUGGCUUCAUGGGAUGCCCGGUGACCUCCCAGGGAGUCAUCCAUCUUACCGCGCUGCGGAACCUGAAUGUCCUGGACCUGCGGCACAUCUCGGAGCUCAACAAUGAGACGGUGAUGGAGGUGGUGAGGAAAUGUCGCAACCUCAGCUCCCUCAACCUCUGCCUCAACUGGAGCAUCAACGACAGGUGCGUGGAAAUCAUCGCCAAGGAGGGCCGCAGUCUGAAGGAGCUCUACCUCGUGUCUUGUAAAAUCACAGACCACGCUCUGAUAGCCAUAGGCCAGUACAGCAGCACCAUCGAGACGGUGGACGCCGGCUGGUGUAAGGACAUCACGGACCAGGGAGCCACACAGAUCGCCCAGAGCAGCAAGUCCCUCCGCUACCUGGGCCUCAUGAGAUGUGACAAGGUAACGAGGCUCGGCCCAUUAUGUCUGCCGCUGUCUGGUUUCCUGUCAGUACUACACAGUAUAUACUGCAAAGUGUGUGGGGUGCAGUUCUUUCAAAAGAUGCUUCUGCCGAUGUUUUUAAAUGCAGAAAAUCAGAAUUUUUUUCUUCUUUUAGUGAUGUGAACUGCAAAAAAUUUUUAAACAUCUGAUGUCGAUGUUUAAAAAUAGACUGUAUAAUUGUAAUAGUACAAUCAUAUGCAUUAUGCAUGCAACCGUGUGUUUAAAUCCAAUAUUUCCAAGCAGCAGUCCUGCUCAGCGAUGCCCAUAUUGGCUGAUACAGUCAUGCUUUUAAGGAGAUACUGACAUUGGUAUAAAUGGUACAUGAAAAUAUCUGAUGUAUAUAUCUGUUGCACAAAUGUGCCCAUACAUAAACACAGCUACAUAAUCACACACAUGAACUCCUCAAAAGACCCAGGCAACGGGCCAACAGAAAGUAUCUGGAGGAGAGCGCGUGGAGUCGCUAAGCCGCCGCUGCCUGUGCCCAGUGCGUCCAAGUGAUCAGCCUGUCGGGCGAUAACCGACGUAAAGUGACACGAUGACCCCUCUCCAACCUACUCGUCUCUGGGUCUGAGAGACGGUCUUUUUCCAAAGUCACCCUUUAACUCUCAUCUGGCCUCUUACCCGUCCAAUCGCCAACCUGAGGGAAGCGCAUGUAGUUGCAGUGCCAUGGCAACAACUCCACCCACCUCUCCAAUUGGCUCAGCGGAGCUCCUGCCACACAGAUGCAUCCACUUAGUGUGGGAUCAUUCAGCGUGACAUGAGUGGGAUGAGGGCAGACAAGGCAGGGAGCAUGAACAGCUGCCUCGACCCAGAAACUUUACAGAUAUUGUGCAGCCUGGUGUCUUGUACUGCAGCCUGACACACAACACCAGGCCAUAAUAUCAAUGCUGGUGGGCCUGCUGAGUGUAAUAAUAUGUUUUAAUAGGCCUUUUUUGUUUUCCGGCUAAAUUUCACAUUUGGGUUUUGGGCUAAACUAAUUUAAACGCCCCUGCUGCGCUGUAAAAGAAGUGCGAGUGGAUGUUGGCAGGGGAGAAAAUGAGGGAGGAGAGACUUUGACUUAUAGUCGAGGCCUUUCACCAGGCUGGGAACUCAUCAUUUUUAUUUCUGCAUUAUAAAACCCUGCAUGUCGGGGCCUCGAGGUUGACCCUAUGGAUUUUUCCCGAUUAAAAAUGCCCACUCCCAGAGAUCGUUAAGUGCGACAAGAACGGUGGUGUAUCAUAUUUAUCUAUUUGUGCCGUAAUUAAAUUAAAACAUACGAGGGGUCCGCCGGUGACUCCAUAUGUAGGGUCUCAGUGAUGAAGCGACGCGCUCAAUUCACAUUAUUGCAGACGCCAAUGCGUAUCUAUCAUAUUUAUCUAGGAGUAAUAAAGAGUAACUGCAUUACAUAGCAGGUGAUCACUUAGAUGCCCAUUUUCAUUUAGUUCCCCCGCUGCCUCGCCGACUCAGUGACCCAACAAUCGAUACCUCGGGCCAUGUUAAUAAAAAUCUGCUCUGGAAUGUCGCACAUCUUUUCUGGAAUAACAGUUUUUUUUAUCCGCUCGUCUCCACCUUCCGCUUUCACGCUCCUGCCGAACAAACUCACCCAUGCCCUUUAUUCAUCUCUCCGUCUCUCUCUUUUCAUGUGUGGCAUUCAUACUCAUAAUUCCAGAGGAUGGAAAGAUGAAUAAUUAUUCUUCCUCUGCUCUGAAGGAGGGGAUUUGGGGAUGACGGAGCUAAAUAAAGCAGUAAUCGGUGCUAUUGGAGUUGUAAUGGAGUGUGAAUCGAGCAGAGACAAGAGUUUGACAGUUUCCAAGGUCAGGUACGUUACCAGCUCUGCAUCGGGAAAAUUAAUUCACUGCAUGGCGGUCCCCUUCACCCAUUUCUCCGCCCUAAAACUUUUGUUUAGCAUUGCAAAUGAGCCUGGAGUACUUGAGGUGAGCAUCGGUUAGGCUUGUACCUUCUUCCAUUCUUUGUUGUGUUUUUUAUAUUAUGUUAGGCGUGGAAGGGAGUUAGAUGAAGUCAGGCUUCAGGAGAGGGAGCGGGAGAGAGGAAUGGCUGUAAUACGAAUUUCGCUCCGAGGAAAACAAAUAAACAGAAAUAGGUUGUCGUUACCGAGGUCACGGCAAAAAAAAAAAAAAAUAGAGAGAGAGAGCCGCGGAGCGAGUUAAAGAGGUAAAAAGGUGAGAAGCAGUGAAUUGUGGUCAUCUACAAGUCAGCCCAGGGCAGCAGUGACCACGCUCUGCCUUCUCCUCGCCCUCCUGUACUCUCAUCUCGGCCCUCACACCUCCUGCCCCUCCUGCUCUCCUCUUGAGAUCCUUCAGUCGUCUCUACAAAAGAUCCGUGCUUCUGUUUUCUCUCUAACAUUUGAUUGGAAUUUUAUGUAUCUCACAUUGAGGCAUUUUCCUGCAGCUGGCACUCUGCUCCGAAACAACUCUCAGUUUGAGGGGAGGUUUGAUAUCUUUUAUCAGAUCGCAUUAUAGUCCGAUUUCAGCGUGGGACUUUUCGGUUUUGGCUUCACUUCUUCUGUUUGCUCGAGGAGGUCAAGUGGCUUUGAAAAUCUGAUCGAAUUACACACAUUACAUUUUCUAAAAAUAGAACCGUCACAGUAGUUUUUAAACUAAUUACAAUGACAAGUGCUUUGACCACUGCUUGGUGAGAACGGGUUCACAGUGGCUGUAGUGUGUGUUGCAUGCUGUGUCUCCUAAAUGAACCAAAUCAGUGUUUUAAAGCACUUGUACAUUUUUAUUAGUAUUGCCGCAUUCAAUUUGGUCGUGUUUUUCCUGGUUUGCAUUUGACAUUUCAGCCUCUAGAAUUUGUAUCACGCUUUAUUUGUGUAUCGCAGCAGUAAAAUCCGGAGGCAUGUCCAAUUCAAUCUCGGGGCAAACUAAUCUCAUCUCUGCACUUAAUGCAGUUCUGGGAAGACGCAGAAGCUGGAGGAUAACUCUCAAUUCCACAAGGUUCCCACAUAAUGAAAGUCUUGUGCAAAUUACUUAACUUUGGAUUUCUCUCCGCCACAGCGUCUUGUCUUUACGUUGACAAAUCCAUUUGAGUUUUUUAUUUUAUAUUGCUAAAUUGUUUAAAAUAACAAAUAUGGUGUAGCAGCUUUGCCCAUGCGUCCGCUCGUCUCUUCCUCAUCCCAAUGUUGACGGCGUGAAUGACCAGCGUAUAUAAGGUCAACAGUCUCAUAUUCCUUAUUGAGGAGUACAUUCUGGAGUAAAACGCGGGACAAGGACAGGAGGGGAUUCCAGGCAAAACUCCUUCAGUUCAGAAUGUGUUCUCUAGAUUUUGGAUGGUGCUUUCUCAAGUUGCUCUAACACUCUUAGCUUGACCCCCAACAGCCUCCAUUGGUUUAGCUCAGCUCCAGGAUCUACACACUUGAGGAAACAUCUCAAUAUUUACCCGUUAAGCCGACCACUGUCCGAGCCAACAUGCUGUCUUUGACAGUGGCCCCGGACCUGAAAUCAUCUUGAUUUGCGUACCAGCCGUGAAUGUUUCCGCUGCGAAUAUAAAUUGUUAUAUACACAUACACGCAAUGGUGUGCUUUGGCAAGUGGUGAGAUCUGUGUUGACAGUGUUUUGGACAUAUUGCAAAUAUUCCCAGAGUUAAUAUUUCCCUUACAAGGACUUUGCUUGGUUUUUCUUUUCAGGAUGUGUACGUUGCAGGAAUUUAGUAGAAAUAACUGCAACACAGGUAGAAAAAAAAAAAACCCGGUGUAGUUAUAAUAUCACAGUAAUAAACAGUCAUUCAUAGCCUCAUCAGCAUCAAGGCUAGCCGAAGCCCGUCUGCUAUACAGAUGUUCAGGGAACUCCUGCGGCCUACAUUUGGCUAUUUAAAACAAAUCAUGGUCCAACUUUCGCUCUAUUUCUUCCUCUCUCCCUCCCUCACUUUGUUCCCUUCUCCCCCACGCCAACUGAUGUGGAGUUAGGUUUCAGACGGGGUCCCGUCAUGUCUUUGACAAAUCCGGUCUUGUGAUAACCUUGACACACAGCACGGACAACCCAGCCAGCCCUCCGCCAUGGCAACGACAGCUCGGCCUGUGCAAAUUUGCUUGGAAUUGUCAAAACGCCGGGAAUUUUAAUGUCCCAGCUUCCCUGAAUGUCACAGGACUUAGAAAGUGUAGAAUUCAUUUUAAGAACUGUUAACAGGAUCCAUCUGGCUCUCCUCAUGUGGAGCAGUGUGAAGGAUCGAUUUCCUCCGUCACAGUUUAUACAAACAUGCUUCCGUACUGUAUACAUUUUACUGCCAGGCAGCCUGAAUUCUGUGUCCACUGCCAUUUGGACUGAUAUGAAGAAUUCAAGAUUCUUUAAAAAAACAAAAAAAAAUUUUUUUUUAACUCUGUACAAACAGACCGAGCACAAGCACAGAUCCGUGUGCAGUUUUGAUUGUCAGAAUAUUUUCUUAUUUAGAGUGUCCUUUCAGAAGCUGGAUGAAAUUGGGUUGUGAUAGUGUCAUAUGUGUGCCUUUGUCCCACUUGUCUUUUUCUCUCCUGCCCGUCUGAAAGAUUUCCUUUGUGUCUCAGUGUGUUUACACGCGCUCAAAUACGACGUGUCCUUGUGAAACUGUGUGUGUCCUCCGAGAGGAAUUUAUGUUAUUUGCUGUGAACACGGCUCAUAAUGGAGCAUUGAAAUCAGAGCCCCUCCAGGCACGGGCGAAUGGCGUGCUCCGCCUGCCUCAAAUGAUUACACCCCUCUGCCCUCAGGGCCAAACGAGCCGCUUCUGACGAGGGGAAGGAAUGCGAUUGAUCCAGACUCACCCAAAAAAAUAAUCAAAUCAAUUCAUUUCGACCCCUUUUCAGCUAUGACUCUGUUUCAGUCUUUUGAAGCAUUCAGCUGAAAGAAAAUAGGGCCUCAGUCUUCUGAAAAACUGAGCCGUUUUUUUUGGCUCGGCAACGCCACGCAUGUUGGCGAGAAAAAAGCACGGCUCCCCAUUGAGUCUGCUGUUAAAUGUUCGGCCUUCUCUGUGGCAGGAAUUCGUCUUUCUACACUUCCACAAACACGGUGGAACAUCGUGUAUUAUUUCCAGGCUUUCGGCUGGUGAAACUCAGUUCACUGCCGUCUGAGGUAAUUUUCAACUAAAAUUACAGCGAUGUAGUAACAACACUCUGCUCACCGGGCUGGGCAGACACAGAGACGCUGAGGCACAAACGCACAUAAACAUGCCAAAGUCACACAAAUGCUGUUACAUGUAUGGAUUUUUUGGUGAACCACAAACGUAAGACGAGUGUCCGGUCACAGGGAAGCUUAAUUCAUUUGUGCAGAAACACUCUGUAACUCAUUCUUCUCUGUUGAUGUAUCACUUUGGGGAGUUUGAUCUUAUUCAGACUCAGUGGAAUGUUUUCUUUCAAAGCGUUUUCACAGCUCAAAUGUACAUCUUUCCUCUCUCAUCCUCUUUCUUCUCCUGUCCAUCCUCUCCCCUUGCCUCUGUCCUCCUCUUAUGUCCCCUCAUCUUUUUCACUCUCCUCCCCUUCUCCUCUCUUCUCACCUACAUUCUUUUCUUUUCUUUCUUUUCCCCUACUUCAUUAGAGCGAAAACAAAUGGGCAGUCUGACUUGUGAAACAGAGAGGGAGGCAAACUCACACAGUCAGCAGGAAAGCCGGACUAUGGAAAAUAAUGACACCGACUGCUACCGACCCCUUCAGGGACAGCUGGUGGAGUGAGGAAGAGUUACUCAUCAUAGUAAUGGAGGAGAGGAGGGAGGGGAAGAGAGAGUAAAAUGAGGGGUGGCCUUAAGGAAAACAAAAAAGAAAAGAGGAUUCAAAGAAUGACACAAACCAAGACAAACUAAAAGUAAAAUUGGAUAAAAAAAGGAAACAAUAGAAUGAGCCGGCUAUUCCCUUUACAAAUGCGCCCCCGAAAAAGUGUUUUGUGUAAGCAGUUUUGAAGUGUGCUCCCAUUACCUGAAUUGAGGCGGAGCGGCGUUUGGGGAACAGGUAUGAGCACCGAUGCCCCCCCCCCCCUAGAUAGAGCAACCAGACAGACCUUGUUAAAAGAACAGACAUCCCAAUCAAUACAGUCGUUCCACUGGUGCAUCCAGCUGCCGGGGACGAUACACAGAUAGGCACGGCACAGCAAUUUGCAGACAUAAACAAGGGCCUAAUUGUUCAGGGCCUGGAGGUUUGGAGUGAGGAAAACAAAGAUGAAGUAUGUCGAAGAGUUAGGAGGCAUUUUAACUCUCGUUUAGGAAAUGAGAGUUUGGAAGCCGGGCCAAACUUUCUCUGAUGAGUGUUGUUAUUGUGAACGGUGGGGAUUCUCGGUUUAAAAGGUAGCUAAAGCGAAGGGAGGUGGGGGGGGGGGGGGGGAAUUAGGAGAAAGAUGCACGGCAUCAGGUGUAAUACGGGCAGCCUCCCUGGCUCCCGUUUCCCCGGCUUUGGUCGGAGCCGAACUUUCAAAGUCGAGAAAGUAGUCUGAAAAGAGUCAUUUGCUGUUUGUGAUUUUCGGUGUAAUCUCGGAGUCUCAUCCCCACACAGAAGAGCUGUAUUGAUUGGCGGUCUUAACUGGAGCCGCCUCCUGAUCAUCCCUUCAUCUCGUUUCUAAAAGGCCAGGAGCCAGGGACAGUGAAGGAGAUGAGGUGAAAUAAAGUGAGACAUUGACAGAGUUCACUGCGUAUCUGAAGGGAAUCUCAGCGUUGCCCUUCAACAGAAAUCUACCAGACGCACGUAAACCUGACCUCACCCGGCUCACAUACACACUCAUGCGUUCCUUUGCCUUCUCUCGCCACCUUGUCCUCACUUUAUUAUAUAUAUCUUUUUACCCCUUUUCGUCUCUCCCUCCCUUAGCCUCCUCCAAGCAAGGACAGCCAAGGUUGUUUGACUUUUUGGAUGCUGCUCACAUCUUUUGUUCAUUCAAUUACUUCAUACAAGUUGCCCCCAUCCCCCCUGUUGUUGUCUUCCAGCCUUUCCCCUUUUUUUCCUCCCCCUCCUCCUCCUCUUCCUCAUCCAGUGCUGUUUACUCAUCACAACGGAGGUCAACAUAAUCUCAUGGAGUCAUGGACAGACAGCAGACCAGACUCAGUGUGGUCUGGAUACUUCAGACUUGCCAUUCCUGAUAUGUUUUUGGGAAUAAUUUAAUGUCUGGCUCAAUGUUUUUAUUUCAAUUUUUCCGUCUCCCGGACUUUGAGAGAGACGGCAGGAGGUCACAGUCCAUUUUUAGCCUUCGGGCGCGACAUCUGUCUGUUUUGAUGAUGAAUUAGCUAUUUAAUGCUAAUGACAUUGUAGCCCCCCCUCGUCUGUACAAAUUGAAUACAUCCAGAGGAGCUUGUGAAAUGUUGGCGGUAGGGGAUCGAUGGAGCCUCUGAGUGAUGUCCAGUUUUAUAAUCUGCUGGGAACAGAGUAGCCACCAUUGGAUGUAAACGCUUUGAAUACGUUUUUGAAGAGGAAAAAUGACUCAUGGCUGCUCGGUGAACAUUUGAGAAAAAGAGCAAAACAAUUCAGAAAACAAAGACAUCCAGAUGUAUCAUACUGUCAAAAUGUUCUGUUUGCCCCUGACAGUGAAUAGAACAAAAGGCUGAAAUCUGUGUCCACGACGUCUCUCGUUGACCUUUUAAAUACAGAAGAGCUUGACUUUGAUUGCAGCGUCCUCGUGUGAUUAUUCAGAAUUAACCUACAAUUCAGAAUAAUCACUUUACAGGAGGUGGCGUCCAAACGUCGGGCUUCCAGAUGAGGUCGCUGAGUAUUGCUCACCGCCUCGUGUCUUUUUCCGGCCGGUCUGCAAAUCCAACCCUCGCUCUCCUCGCUCUAAAGAGUCGCCAUGAAUUUUGUAUCACGGUGUUCUUUGGGAGGACAGGGUCAAGCUGUCCUCAUUCCUUAUUUAUUCUGAAGAACAAGGGAGUCAGGCGGGGCAAAAAAAAUUAAACACAGUAGCUCUGUUGUGAUUAUCUUCAAGGAAUUCUGCUUGUGUCUGACCUCCACUAAGCUGCCCUAGAAUUUGUUGCAAAAGUUUUAGUGCGUCUGUCUGUCUGUCUGUCUGUCUGUCUGUCUGUCUGUCUGUCUGUCUGUCUGUCUGUCUGCCUGCCUGCCUGCCUGCCUGCCUGUCUGUCUGUCUUUUAGUUUACAGGACAUUCAACAGGUCUGCUGUCUCUGGUUGUCUCUCUGCGUUUGUCUCUCCACCUCUCUCUCUCUCUCUCUCUCUCUCUCGCCUGCGUUUCUCUUUGUGUGUUUCUCACGACGCCGUCAAUUUAACUCCUGAUCAGAAAAAGUUUAGGGCUUCUGAAGGUUACGUCUUGAACUGUUGGAUUUAUUUUGACUCCAAAUGUGUUAUUUAUUUGUCAAAAUCCAGCGUGCGUGGUGAAGAGUCUCAGUGGACCCAGUCCGGAACAGACCUGUGGGAAACCCAUCUGAACCCAAAUUGAUUAGAUUAAUAUUUAUAGAUUUAAAUGAUAUAUUAUUCAUGAAGGAAAAACUCAUCUGUAAGGGGCUUGAGGACAGUCAGUCCAAAAUAGAUCCAAAAUGUGGUCAACUCGAACAGACCACUUUACAGCUCACUCUUUCCAUCAAGUUAUUUGUGAUCACAGCUGAUAGAGAUUCCAGACCUGCUGCUAUAGAAUUUGAUCUGGACUGAAUCGGGUCCCUGCUUUUGGUAACUAGGAACUAGGUAACUAGUGGAAAUGUGAGGCAUUGUAUCCUUUAUUAUAUUGGAUGUUAUUUUAGUUUGAUGAAUAUAGUGAAAAAUCAUAUGAGAAUAUCAUACAGCAAUUAACAAAAGUUAAUUGUGGCUGCAUCAAUGUUAUUAUUCUGGCGUUUGUUUCUUUUUACUCCAGAUUUAAUUUAAUUCAUCUUAAGGAAGCAUUCUGUAGAAAUGGAUGAGUAUGAUACAAACAAAUAAAACUAAGGCUAGUUUCACCAUGUCACCGCAACAGCUCCCACUUUAAUUAGCUUUGCUUUAGUUCUACCUAAUAGAUGGAGCCGUGAUAGUGUUUUACCCAGACUAACACAUCAAUUGUGAAAAAGCCUCUUGAGUUAUGGAAUGUUUUCCUCCAUUCUGCAGAGAUAAGAAGGCCUGCGGGGGGGGGAGUGAGUUUGGGGGGCUGAGCCUCAGCCUCACACACAUUCCUCUAGUUACCUUUGUCACGCGUGAUGGAGUGUGGGGUUUACAAACCUGGCCUCCAGAACCUCUUUCUCUGACCCUGUUCAGUUGAGCCCCCAUUCCUCCGCCUGUGAGUGUACGCACUGACACCCUGCUUUUUCACUUCUGCUGCCGUCUGAUAUUGUGCAGGGAUGAGGGUGUGUGAGCGGGACCAGACCUCAGUUGUCGCAAGCGGUGCCUGACCUGUUUUUUUUUUUUUUUGUUUUUUUUUAAGCGCACACAGAGCCAUGCACUGCAGAUUACUGUGAGGGCUCUCUGAGACAAAAUCAAAAUGUUUGAGCUCAGGCUUUCCUCGGUAAAGAGCAAGUCUAUUCCUUAAGCUUCCAAUCCAGUGCAUCGAUAGUUCAUUUAGAAAUAUCCUAUCCUUUCAGAAUAAGUUUGCGGCGACCUCUUUUCUGUCCCUACACUUCAGAAAUCCUCUGCUUUCUUUUCCAUUCACUCCCCUCGCCCUCCUUCCCCUCCCUCUUAUCGGAGUAGGAGAACUAUCCUUCAGUUGUCCAGUCACUCGUUUAGAAACUUUACAACUGGGGCUUUUCCUCUGAGCAGUUUAAAGAAGGCUAUAAAUCUGGCCUGUUUAAACCCUGACUUGUUUAAGCUGCCUUUUACUGAGACCUGAUGCACUGCAUUCUUCUGCUGCCUAAACAGGCUUUUUAAGCAUUUACCCCAAAUGUAUUUACAGGUUGACUGAUACACUCUCUACAUGGGAGGAGACAGGGAACGGGGGGGUAUUUGUCUCUCUUUAUGCGCCUGGGACCACAGCAAUGGCUGCCACAUGGCCCAAGAAAACGUGGGGAAAGAAGAAGAAAAAAAAAGUAGUCUGCCCUGCAGACAUGAAUGAAAACAGAGGAAAUAAAAAGAAAUAGUGCAGUUUUCAUUGAAGCUUUCUUUAGUCGUAUAUAAAAAGGACCACUGCACUUAGUUUUCUGAUAUCUGCGUGUAUUUAGAUACAGUUCUUAAGUUGUGCAAUAUCAAUACUGUUGCGGCGUACACUACGGGUUCUGAUAUAUUCAGAAGGAGUGGCAGCCGUAUAUUUUUUUAAGGCCGUCUACAUCCUCAACUCUCUCUUUAUUCCACUUCCCUACCUUGAUUGCUAAGAGCACUUACAGGGUGUUCUCACCACGCCAGUCUAAUAUGAUAUGCAUCUUUGUGUUUGUGUAUCUGAUUAUCGAUUUACAACCCUGUUCUUCUUUUUCCCACUGAGAAUGGGAACUGCAGCCGCAUUAGUCACCUUUAUGACGCGCUUUACAGCACUGCUUACUAGGGGAAGGCCCGGGGCUUGCGGUAAAUGUAUAUUUUAGCGUAGUGAUAGAGUGCAUUUGCAUCAGAGGAUCAGACUUAAAAGAAAAAAAGAGCUCAGUGUUAAGAAAAAGAGCAGAUAAGAGGACUCCCCACGAGAGAACAGAGGUCACCUCGGGAUCGCGCUGUCGCUUCCCUUAAUUAAGCCGUCACAUGCAGAAAGUAGAGGAGCUGUUGACACACACACACACAACCCAUGUAACCUGUUCACGUUUACUGUACAGCCUGUUCAAAUAAAAGGUGCUUUUUUGCCGA